GAUCUUAGGCUAGAGAUGGAGAAAUUGGAAGGAGAAGGAGGUCUAUAUGAAGAGAGCAAGGAUCUUUUGCAGGUCUUACUCAAGCUUAAGGACCCAGCAGACCCAAACAAGCCUUUCAAAUGGACUUACCUCAAGGCUAUGCUUUUGGACAUGAUAUUGGCUGGUACUAAGACAAUAUCAACUACAAUGGAGUGGGCAAUGGCAGAAUUGAUAAAACAUCCAGAAAUAAUGAAGAAAGCCCAAGAAGAACUGAAGGAAGUUGUGGGGAUGAACAAAAUCAUUGAAGAAUCCCAUUUACCUGAUUUGCCUUAUUUACGUGCACUGGUUAAGGAAGCCCUACGUUUACACACAUCAAUCCCUCUUUUGACCCCAAGAUGUCCAAGCCAAUCAUGCAUUGUUAAAGGUUAUAUGGUUCCUAAGGGUUCAAUGAUCUUUGUGAAUGCAUGGGCAAUACAUAGGGAUCCUAAGUAUUGGAAGAACCCUUUGGAGUUUAGACCUGAGAGAUUUUUGGAAAUUACUGAUGAAUUUGAAUAUAGUGGCAAUGAUUUUCGCUUUAUUCCUUUAGGGUCAGGAAGAAGGGUAUGUGUUGGUGUCCCUUUGGCAGAGAGGAUGUUACCACAUAUAUUGGGAUCACUGUUGCAUUCAUUUGAUUGGAAAUUGCCUGAUGGGACAAAGCUUGAUAUGUCAGAGAAGUUUGGUUUAGAACUAAGGUUAACAAAACCUCUCAUGGCUGUCCCACUUCAAAGGUUAUCUGACCCAAAGCUGUAUGAUUAGAAUUAACUGUAUUUUGCUC